UAGCAGUAGUGAAUGUAGUGAUAGCAAUAGCAGUCAUGGAGCCAGUAGCACAUCUCGUUAAAGUAUCUAUUCCGAAUUAUUUAGCUGGAUUACCUGUUCCGGACUCUAUAGGAGGAUGGUUUCGAUUAGGAAUACGAGACUGGAUUGCUUUAAUUCCACCGACUGCAGCGUUAGCUGGUCUCGGUUAUAUGUCAUACAAAGCAUUUUGUCCUCUGGCUAGAGGUCCAUCGUGUGGACGUGUGAACCUUACUGUAAAGAAAGAUGUAAAUAAAGUGGUGGAUUCCGUUGACAUAGAAGAUAUAAGUGAGAAAGCUGCAUUUUGCCGUUGCUGGAGAUCUGAAAAUUGGCCUUAUUGCGACGGUUCCCAUGGACGUCAUAACGAAGCGACAAAAGAUAAUGUGGGUCCUCUUGUAAUCACGAAGAAGAAAGCUUAAUUAUAAGAUUGGAAUGUCGAUUAGAAAGAUAAAUCACUUUCCAAUCGAUGUUAUUAAAUACCAUUGAUGAAGGAAUACUUCUCCAACCAACAAUGUAGAUAUCUCAUACGAAAUUCAUGUAUGUAUAUGAUAAAUAUAUAUAUCGAUGUAGGUAUAUAUUUAACGCCAAACAGAGAACAAUAGUAAAGGCAGAAUGGAAAAUGUGUACUUAUUUGUAACUAUUUUUUAAACUGUGCUUUACUGAAAUCUAUAAAUAAAUGUUUUAUUGCAAAAUUUC